AUGGGGCAUCUCAAACUUCCCCCUGCCAGUUUAGGCGCAUUUGUGACGAUAACCAUGCUCGUCUGUGUCAUAAUUUAUGAUCGCGUAUUUGUCAAGACUAUUCGAAGGUGGACUAAAAACCCGAGAGGCAUUGCUCUCCUUCAGAGACUAGGGAUUGGUUUUGUGCUUCACAUUGUCAUUAUGGUAAUAGCCUCGGUAACUGAAAAGCACCGGCUCAUUGUAGCCAAAAAAAAUGACCUAGUCGAAAGUGGAGGACAGGUUCCAUUGACAAUAUUUAUUUUGCUUCCCCAAUUUAUACUCAUGGGAGUGGCUGAUGCAUAUGCAGAAGCGGCCAAGAUUGAGUUUUUCUACGAUCAGGCACCCGAGAGCAUGAAAAGUCUCGGAACUUCAUAUUCGACGACUAGUGUGGGAAUUGGGAACUUCCUCAGCAGUUUUAUUCUUUCGACUGUUUCUCACAUCACCAAGGAGAAUGGUCACAAAGGAUGGAUACAAAAUAACCUUAAUGCCUCUCGACUUGAUCGAUACUUUGCAUUUCUUGCAGUGCUGAGUUUCUUGAAUUCUAUCGUCUUCUUACUAAUUGCAAAGUUGUAUCGAUAUAAGGAUGAAGUCUCCAACUCAAUGGAAGUGCUUAAAGAAGAACUCGAGGGCUUGAAGUCGAAGAGCCACGUGGAACUAGCAGCUCACGGGGAUUAA